AUGGCCUCCGUUAAAUCUGAAAAAGUCGGCAUUGUUGGCAGUGGCCUUAUCGGCCGUUCAUGGGCCAUGCUGUUUGCGUCCGUGGGGUACCAAGUGACGAUAUUCGAUAUCGUCCCGCAACAGGUCACCGAUGCAUUGGCUGACAUCAAAGUGCAGCUCAAGACUUUGGAAAGAGACGGUUUGCUGAGAGGGAAACUAAAUGCUGAACAGCAAUUCUCGUGUAUUAAAGGAACAUCUGACUUAGCCACCGUGGUCAAAGACGCUGUUUUCGUCCAAGAAUGCGUCCCAGAAAGCCUGGAAUUGAAAAAGAAGGUUUACUCAGAUUUGGACAAAGUUGUCGAUGACAAAACUAUUUUGUCUAGUUCUACUAGUACAACUCUACCGUCUCUGUUCUCAGAGCAGAUGAAACACAAGGCUCAGGUUAUUGUGUCCCACCCAGUGAAUCCACCGUACUACGUUCCCCUCGUAGAGAUUGUCCCCGCUCCAUGGACCAGGAAAGAUGUAUGUGAAAAGACAAGGGCGAUCAUGUUGGAGAUUGGACAGGAGCCCGUUUCUCUGAGCCGUGAAAUCGAUGGAUUCGUGCUCAACCGUAUUCAGUACGCAAUUUUGGACGAAGUUUGGCGUCUGGUUGACAACAAAAUUGUGAACGUAGAAGACAUCGACAAAGUCAUCUCUGAAGGUCUUGGAAUGAGAUACGCUUUUCUUGGAUCCCUAGAAACUGCACACUUGAAUGCAGAGGGCAUGAAGUCUUAUAUCGAAAGAUAUGGAGAGACCAUUUACAACGUCAGCAAGACUAUGGGAGAUAUUCCACGAAUGACCACGAGCAAGAGUGCGGACACCAUUUGCGAGCAGUUGAACAAGAUGGUGCCUUUGGACAAGUUACAGGAAAGGCGUGCUUGGCGUGACGCCUGCCUGACCCGCCUAGCUCUUCUCAAAAACGAGAUGAACAAACAAAAAGUCAAAUACUAG